AAUUUUAUUGCUAAUUAUGCUUAAACUGAAAAGUCACCAAAAAAUCUAAUUAUUUCUUCUUGCAAAAUCGUAAGAAAUAAAUGGUGCAAUGCUUAAGGUAUGCUAAAGAGGUUUCAUUCGGCUGGUAAUGCCAAAUGAUUUUAUCUAGAGCAAAAACGUCUCACCAGUCUGCAUGUAGGAGUGGUAGGGUGGUUGACUGAGUAGACCGUAAUGUCUUUAUUGUUCUGUUGCCUCAUUUCAGAUCAUGAGAUAGUACUCGUAAGAGAUAUCUCUCUCCUUUUUUUUGGUCACAUUCCUGCUUCCGUAUAUUCUUUAUUUCCAACAGUAUGUAGAGUCCUGUGAAAACUAAAAUAGACGAGAAAUGCCUGUCAGGCAGGUCCUUGUAAGGCUUGGGGGAAAGAACUAGCAGUAGUAAAUAAAGGGGAAUGGCACAAAAAAGCAAAGAGAAAAGACUUGUGGUUUCUCUGGAGGGAAAGAUUUAGUGAUGUUGGGAUUAUUUCAAUACAUUGGAAACCUCAUGAUCUUUCUACGACUUUUGGCAAAGCUGAAAAAAUUAAUUAGUAUAAUAUAUAUGCAUCAAUAUGAAUAAAAUAAUGAAUGUCCUAGUUGACAAAGUUAGCUGAGAAGUAACACAUUACUCGAGCAUUAAUAUAGUACAAUUCUUGCGUUUUAGGGAUGGACAAGAUCUUCAGCUUGGUGGCUGUUUAAGAGAUUUCCGUAAUCGUCCCAAUCCAGUUAGACUGAAAAUUCGCUAUUAUGAAAAAGUUCUAACGGUUAGUGUUAGUGUGUUUUUUAAAUGUUGUGGUAAACUUUAUCAUUGGUUUAAACUUUACUUUUAAACUCCUUAUCAACCAUUACCAUAUCCAAAAACAAAGGAUUAUGAAACAAACCAAGGAAUAACAGUUGUAGCUGAUAUAUGCAGUGAUAUUCACAGGUUGGUUACUGAGGAAUUGGUUAUAAUUUAUUUCAAAAAUGUAAACAAUUUAAUAAUUUAUUAAUUUAUGCCAUCUCUCAUCAGACUCCAAAACCAUACACCAGUCUAAAUAGCCCUUAGCCUGGGGGAAUUGGUUAUAAUUUAUUUUAAAAAUGUAAAUAAUUUAAUAAUUUAUUAAUUUAUGCCAUUUGACAAGGUUCACAUCAGUGAUUGUUGUCUUUUUUAUUUGCUUUGCUUUGUUUUUUUAUGGGCAUUACCAAGCCUGAAGACUUUUUGACUUUUAUCUGGCAAAUGAGGCAUAUUUUGGUUUAUCUGCAUACAGGAGGAUUAGCAGGUCCUAAACUUGACUUUGAGCUCUUUUUGUGCAGUGGCAAAGUUUGCUUGAGAACACUAGCAACAAGUGAGACAUCUGGCAAAUUCUUUCCCUUUGUUUGGGAGGCUAUUUUGGUUUAUCUGCAGCUACAGGAGGAUUAGCAGGUCACUAAACUUGACAUCUACUUCUGGGAUAUUUUAAUGUGACUUUUCUAGCGCAGAAAAUGCAGUCGAGAAGGAUCUCUUAAUCAUGGUUCUUCAGAAAAUUUAGUAGCUUGGAUUGAAAGGCACAGUGUGCUUUUCAAGCAGUGCAAUGUGCGUGGGCAUACGGUAUUUCUUUGAAUAAGCACCUAUGCUCUAAUAAGUGCCCUCCCCAAAUGAGCACCCACCCUCUAGGCCAUAAUAUCAAACAAGUGUCCCGCUCUGAUAAGCACCCCUCUCACCUCCCCAUCACCCUCUUAAAGAGUAAAAAUACUUUGUAAGAGGAUAGUAGGUAGGGAUAUGAUCUGCAAAUCAUUGACGAGGGUGACUUUGAGGAUGAUGAGAUAAUCAAUAUUUUAUAAAUGUACAGACCAAUACAUUAGUGUAAAGUUUAUAAUGGGACUAUGGUAUGCUUGAUUACCAACCACCCAAAUAUUGACUGUAUGUUUACGUGGAUAAUGUUGUAGUGUUUGCUUUUGUUUUUCUGUUUUAAAAAGAUUUGGCUUAAAUACAAUUACAGUUCAUUGAAAGAAAACUAAAAAGCACCCCAUCAAUUAAGCACCCACUUUAGCUGCUUACCCAGAGGCAUGAAUUCAAGUUUUUUCAGCUCCAUGAGAAACAAAUAUCUUGUGUGAGUAGCUGGGGCUUCUGCGAUGACUAGAGAGCACCAUUUCUUGGUUGCUGGAGUUUCCCCAGAAAUUCUGCUCAAUACCCUCUCCUUUCUGCCUUCUCUCUUUACUUAAGAAUUUAAUUUACUAGUGGAUAUACUACUUGUGGAGAAUGCUGAAUCAGCAAUAACCUAAAUUAUUGUACAGUAGUGGAUGGUAAUUUUCCCAUGUCAAGUUGUGCUAACUUAAGUAUUGUUGAAUGUGUUGUGUUGUUUGCAGAUGACCAUGAUGUAGUGUCUUUUAUAACCCACUCACUCACUCCACCAAAGAAGGAGGGAGAGGUAAUCACUGUUGUAUUUAUAAUGUCUCAGUGAUAGAUAGAUAGGUAGGUAGGUGCUGUGCACUGGCCUACAAAAGUGUGACCGGUGGCAACAACUUGCGGUAUGCAACGUGUACUCUAGGAAAAUGCUCUUUUAAAAGAAAAGAAAACUAUUUUAGCAAAGUUAGUACAUAACCAAGUCUAACACUAAUAAACUUCCUGCAUUGAUGUUAAGUUGCAUCUGAAUUAAAUAUCUGCCUUUUUCAUUUUUCCAGGGUGAAACCGGUAUGAGUGAAGAAGAGCAGAAGAAGCUUACUCAGCAGUACGAGGAAUAUCAGAAAAAACUAGAGCAACAGAGAGAAGAGUAAGUAAACUUGGAAUACAGUCCUCACUGCUUAAAAAAAUUGGGGCCAUAAGUGGUCAUUAUCUCAAGCAAUGACUAUUACUUUACACACUAAGUGUUUUAUGUCUCUGAGGAGUGUUCGAACAUUGCGCUUUUGCAUGACUUCAUAGCUUUUUGUUUGGAUUCAUUAUUUCCCGCUCAGUUGAGCAUCAGUUAGAAGAGAAUUUUUUUACCUUUAUGUUUUUGGCAAUCUAGGGGUUGUCAUGUGACAUGCCAUACUGAGUUGUGCCAUGGCUUUCUCAUAUGAUACUAGCACCAGCUGUGUAGCCUUAAAUUCAGUGAUUCUGGGUAUGUCUAAUACCCGCAAGGUGUGGCUUUGUUGCAAUAAAGCACAAAGAAACAGUGGUAAAACUGCCAAUUUUCACGGUCCCUUGGGACGAAAUAAUGUCAUGCAUGAUUCAAAAUGGUGACUCAUUUGUAACACUAUUUUGUUUAUCUCAAAGGAAGAAUGUCAAUGAGAAAGAAUGGACUCUCAAGGUUAAGGGCACAAUUCAGACUGGGAACAAUUAGUAAAAAGAAACAUAUUCUUUGUGAUCAUUUGCAUCUGACCUUGUCCUAUAAAGAAUCCACAGGCGGCUCGAGUCAAAUUCAUCAACAUACUCAGCAAAUUUUUCUGUUUCCUUAAGUAUAUGUCUUAAUCUUCGAUUUUUGAGUGUUAAAUCAUUGUUAAAUGUUGUUACAGGUACAAAACGGCCCAUCCUGAUAGAGUAAAGGCACCAGAAACACAGGUAAUUUAACAACAAACAAAAAGAUUACGUGGAGCAAAAUAGAACUUUAAUUUGGAGACAAAUUCCAGCAUAACAUGGAUAGAAUUAUUAAAGUUGUACCUUUUCAAAUUACAUCGAGGCUUCAAAAAAUCCACUUUUCCAAACAGUUUCUGGUCAUUCAAGAAGCGGAAAGUACUAUCCGUUGAACCAGAUAAAUCACGUUUAAGCAAAUAAUGCACCGCCCACAUCAGCAAAAUUUGUUCGCAAUUUUUGGGCGACAAUCCAGUUUCAUUUCCUUGCACUUAUCAAUUGGUGACUAAUAUAUUUGCCGAAAAACUCACCCGCCAGUUUUGUGCGGGGAAUAAAUACUGUUGUAAGGUUUAUUUUUGUGUAUGACUCAGUGUUCUAUCCUUAUUAUCCUGUAAAGUUAUUUGAGUUUUUGAACGUAAGGAAGUACCAUAGCUUACUGUCGUCACCUUUGCAACGCAAUUUUGAUUUGAUAUGCAUUACUAAGAAGUUAGCAACCUCUUUUAUAUGAGAGAUAGAUUGCAAGAAUGAUAUAUUAAACAUUUUUAUAGGCUGUACAUUUGACUCGGACGGUUUUGUAUUGAAUUACACUGUGGAACAAUCUUGCUGUUACUUCCUCUAAUGAUCAUUUUGAGGUUGAGCGGGAAACUGUGGGCGCUUUCCAUUUAGCUCAAAAUUCCGGAAAUUUCGGUAAGAAAUGAAAUGGAGUGGACCAUUUCGGUUCGGUCUGACCGGAAUAUUUAGGACCACCUUUGAAGGUAGUCCACUUUGACUGGCCUGGUCAUUUUGGUCGGAAAAAAAUGAAAUGUCCCUUUUCAUUUGACAAAAUUGUUGUCCUUUUGUAUUCUGCUUACAAGAACAAUAACCAAACAUGCGGUGGCUUGGGUCAGGUCUGUGCAAUCGGAAUGUACCGUUCCAUUGGGCACGUGGAAUUUCCAAAAUUUCAAACCGGAAUUUUUGUUGAAUGGAAAGCGCCCAGGGUCAAAGUUUGGGCCUCUUUGAAAUAGUCCCAGGGUGCAGUUCAAUACAAUUGGCCACUUUACAAACCAGAAAGAAACUGGGUCGAGUUAACUUUCGCAAAGGCUUCUGGGAUUGUAAACUAGGGACAGGGAAAAAAUUGGCCAAUAGCUGACGGGCGUGCUCUUAGUAACCAUCCCAGAAACAACUGUGUGCUCUAGUGUCCUCUUUUUAAAGUGGCGAAUAAGGCUCGUUCCUUUUAGCUAGUGGGAGAAGGAAUGACGUUCACAGUCUAUGCUCUUGUUUUAGUAUGAAAAUGUUUAUGAACGAGAUGUUCGUCUGGUUUAUGAAGGACAGAAUGCAAUUCACCAGAUGAUAAGGUGAGAUAUAACAAAUGAGCAUAAAAUCUUGGUAAGGUUAGGUCCCAAAAUAUUGAGCAUUAAAGUGGAUACUUCCACUAUAGGGGAAAAAUAAACAAACAAGCAAAAAUCAAAGACCGAGUCAAAGUGAGACUGUAGCCGGUGAAUUAGCGGCAAAAUUGUUAACAAGAAUUGAUUUUACAUCGCCAUUGAUCAACUUCCCUUAAAGUAUUCUCCCACACGUAAAAAAAAAGGCGGCGUGGGCUAGACUACUUCUGACAGCCCGUGAAACAGAAAGCAUCUUAACAGUGGAUCUUUAGAAAUUGUUAAAAUCCUUUAUGCCAAUCUGGCAUGAAUGAUUGAUGGCUGAUUGUAGAAAAUUCGCUAAUAUUUGAUAAACACCCACACAAAUCCAUGCAACAGACAGCAUAAUUAUUUCCAUGUAACUGAAAUUCUCUGUAUUUUUGCCGUUUAACUUCGAUUAGAAGCCAAUUCACAGGUAUACUUUAAAUAAAUUCGCUAGAAAAUAUUUGAUAAACACCCACACCAAUCCAUGCAACAGACAGCAUAAUUAUUUCCAUGUAACUGAAAUUCUCUGUAUUUUUGCCGUUUAACUUCGAUUAGAAGCCAAUUCACAGGUAUACUUUAAAUAAAUGCAUAAAUGUGUGAUUUAACUAUAAUUUGGAGUUAUACCAGUCCAUGGUAAACUUAGAAAGUAGGGGGUGAACUUGUAGGGGGCUAAUUCACUUGGGGCGAACUCACUGAUAUUCCUGUCUUUACUUUGUUGCAGCAACCUUCAUAACAAAGUUGGGGAGCUUACAACACAAAUCAACACACUAUACUCGUUUGUCACCUCAGAUCGUAACAAGUUGAGCCACGUGGUAACACAAGAUCAAACUAUAAACAGACAGGAAGUGAACACACUAAUAAACAUGCAGAACCAACUUACUGCUAAAUUACACGAGAUUAGGUAAGUACAAAUUUCAAAUUCAUCAGUGGUGACGUAGCGGCAACGCCCGAACAAGGUCACUUAAAAAAAUAAAAAGCGCUGAAACCAAAAACACUUCUCAUUCAGAACUUAUAUUGGCAGAGCGUGACAGAAGUGUUGUCCGAUAGCCUAGGGAUACCCAAAAUUUUGUUGUAUUUUCAUGGAGCAUUUGAUUUUGGUAACACUGCCCCUUUUAAUGGUUCGUGGAAAAAAUGUUCACAAGAAGUUUGAAUAAUGGCCAUUCCUCUGAAUUUUGUGCUGUUCAACAUGAAGCUCGACCUCCGCAAACAUCAACAGCGGAGUCCAUUCCAUUGAGAGAUGUUGCGGAAGCACCAAUCACGGUCAUCAACGGUCAUUCAAUAAUUUUCGGGGCUAAGCUCGUGAAACGGUUGUAAAUAUAACGUGCGUAUACUCCCUUUAGCCAGCUCCGCUGCGGAACCAACAUCAGAAGCAGGAGGCAGCUGUGUAGAGGCUUUUUUCAAAAUGGGAACCUUUACUUUUGUGACAAUUUAAUACUGAAAUUUGUCCAUUUUAUAUUUGACAGUAAUUCUAUAAAUCAAGGAGGGAAUAUUGAAAGGAGAGAUGUUGGAGAUUCUGCUGGUGUAAACUCGAAGCUUAGUGAUGUGCAGACUGCGAUUGAAUCACUGACUCACUCAGUAAACCACAUGUCAACUCAACAACUAGUAAGGAAAAAAUUGUUCACUUCAUACUUAUACUUAAGGUUGCCUUAACACUGGAUUUUUUCUUACGAGUUGACGUCAGUGGACAAAACUCCCGCUUCUCUUGGCCAGGCCUCGCACGGAUAAUACGACCAUCUUUCAAUAAGCAAGAAAGAAAUCAUUCCUGAUAUCUACUUAGAGCUUCCACUCAAUUUGCUUUCUUGUCCGAGCAUUGAAUUCACUGGAAACACACGUUCUCACUCCAGUUUUAUCACACUUUUGAAGUCCCACCUUAUCAAUUAUGUACAUGCCAUCCGUUUUAGCUUCUGCAUAGUUGUUUGUGAUGCAGUUCUCUAUCGCAUUAAGUUUUCAUAGCGUCCAAACCUCACCCGUGAACUGAUUUUUCUUUUUGUUCUUUCCUUUUCAGAUGGGAGGGCAGGAAAAGAAAGAUUGCCCACCUCCUCCUCCAAUGCCGCAAUGUAUAGGUCCUGGUUACUUUGUUGUUUUAAUUGUAUCUCAAGUUAUUAUGCUUGUUGGCUACAUCGCCUACCAGAAUCAAAAAGAGGCUGCAGCCAAGAAAUUCUUUUAGGAUUCUAUCUUCAAGUGACCUCCCACAAACUGGCCUGGAUUCCAGGCCUCGCAUAGAGUGGUUGUCCCAUAAUUCUAGGCGUGCAUGCACCAAAGGUUGCACUUUUAAGAAGAUGUGGCGACAAAAAUUGUAAAGAAUUUACCAAAAAAUGUGUCAGAACAAAUAUUUGCACUUUUAAUAUUGAACUUGAAGGGACUGUGUCACGUGGCUCGGCUGUGGCUAAUUUUCUUUACAAUACCUAGUACUUACGCGUCCUUAUUCCGGCCCAAUGGAUCUUGAGAAAUUACUUGUAUUAUGGCAAAAUCAGAGCUCUGUGUCAAAGAAAUAUGCCUCCCUAGCAUUAUUUCAAACGUUACAAUUUUUUGAAAAUCUGUAAGGCUGGCACUGAAGUUUUCAAAACAGCAAGUGCAAUCCAUUUCGAUUUAAUUCAAGUCUGCAUUCGUGCCUCCGGCCUUUUGUAUUUGCUUCGUUAUUUAUACCUAUUUUUAAUGUUUUAUGUCGGUGGUCCCCCUGACUUAUGUUUCAUUUUAUUUGGUGGCGGUUCCCACUCUUUCAAUUUAAAUUAAUUUCGUGGUACAGCUCCUGGCACAGCUCCUUUGAGUUGUGAGAAUCGUAUGGAAUGACGUGAAAUUUUUAUUAUUGGGGAAAUGUUGGACAGCGUUUUUCCUUAAGUAAAGCGCUGGUUUGUUGUGAACGUUUAGUAAUCUAGGUGUCCUGAAUAAUGUUUCACGCUUAAAAAAAUGGGUAUGUUAAAAAACAACAACAACAACAACAACGAAGAAAUAAAAGCUUGAAAGCUUAUAAAUCGAAUCUUAUAAUUGGAUCCAACAUUUUGCAAAAUUAAAUUUUUGUUAAUCAAACGAUUGCAGUUGGUAGUUGUCUCUUGAGUCUUGAAGGAUACUAGCAUUUUUAAUUUUUUUUCCAAAUUUUGUGUCAUUUGUGAUAAAUUAGGACUUUAUUUUAUUGCUUAGAAUCCAUUGCAUAUUUAUGAAAAUUAAAUUAUUAAUUCUCCCAUUUAGCAAAAGUUCAGUCCCACAACUUCUUGUCCAGGGAAAUCAAAUGUUUUAUUGUUCUAUAUUGGCGUGCCUGAUUAGAGUGUUUGUAGGUGGAUCUUCGUCUCUCUCCCCCGCCGCUUUGUAUCGUAGGGAGGGCUGGAUAGAGGGGAAAAGAAAAAAAGCGCGCGGGGGACAAUGGGAAGGGGAAGAAACCUAGUUCCAGUCUUCCUCGGAAAUCCGGCGCCAUCUUGAAUGCAUUAUAUGGCAGAGGCUCCCGCCUUUUCCCUCUUCCCAUCGUACCCGCGCGCUUUCUAUUUUUCGAUUAUUGCUAUUUGUAUUGGGAUACCCAGCGGGAGCCUCGGCGGAGGAGAGAGGAUCUUCGUCAAAUGCCCGGUUCAAGUAGCCUGCGAGCAUGCUCUCCAUCUGGGGGAGUCGCGAGACCCAUAUGCGAGUGCAAGGCGCGUUAUCCCUCGUCUCGCCUGGCUUGCCGUAAUUGGAGAGCUUGCUCGCUGACGAAGUUCAAGCGUCGAAGGUUACAUGUGACAAAACUAAAUGCCAAAUCGCGCAAAAUAUGUCGUUCUCACUCACUAGUGUUAGGUUCGUCCCAUGUGAAGUUGAACCUUUGACCCUGUCCAAGAACUCGAUUCAUUUCUCAAGCGUGACCAUAAACAUAAUUAUGAUGCGUUUUCCAGCGUAUCAGUUUUUCCCCUUCCGAUGCAUUAAAUCAUUUUAGACUGACAUCAUCGAGUAUGUUAUCCAGUCUUUUUCGCAUAUUUAUAGUUGAGGUCAGUGAGAAUAGUUUGGUUAAAAAGUCAAAAACAAUAAGAUGCCGGGCAAAGUUGUUGGAAGCCAGAUUUCGUGUUUUAACUACCAGUUGCCAUGGUAACAUUAGCCGCAAGGCGUGACAUUCUUGACGAAGAGGAGUUCAGCCUAUUACAGUCAGCUCUCCCCCAAUAACUCUAUUUUAACUUCCUUUCUUUCAUUCACGCCUCUCCCAACUGGAAUAGGCUAGGAGGAGAUAGGAAAAAGCCUUGUCUCACUCCUUCGCGAUUGACUGUUUCCUUUUUUAGAACACAGCCUUAUAACAUCUGUUUCCAGGCUAAACGGGUUUUGAACAACUUGGUUCUGCUAAUGUCUUCCUUUCUGCGACAGUCUUAAUUUCAUCCCUGAUAUUUUCACCCUGGGGUCUUAGUAAUCGUCAGAUAGC